CUCUGGGGCAGUACGCAGUAGGCUAGGGUGUCUGGCCUUCUGAAGAGGUGAUGGCCUACUAUUGCCUGAAGAAACGUCACAUGUUUACGGGCUCGGCGGUGUGUGAGCUGGGUGGAGGGAUGACGUGUCUUGCGGGGCUCAUGAUUGCAGUUUGUGCUGAUGUGAAGGAAGUGCUGCUAUCUGAUGGCAACGAGAAGGCUAUUCAAAAUGUGCGCAGUGUAAUCGAGAGGAACAGACGAGAAGGGCUCUUCCUGUCUACCAAUGUGUCCAGCAGGGUGGUGAGAUGGGACAAUGAGGCCGAUGUGUCCGCUCUGGAGGGUCGCUUUGACGUGGUGAUGUGCGCUGACUGUCUGUUUCUUGACCAGUACAGAAGCAGUCUGGUUGAUGCACUAAGAAGAUUACUGCGACCUGAUGGCUGUGGUGUGGUGUGGUGUGUGUGA